AUGGCAAACGGCGGCGCAAGACUCUCCAUCCCACAAGAGAAUCCGGCGGUUCCUCCUCCACGUCAAAGCCCCGUCGCCAACGCCAAUCCUCCUCCGCGAUACACUACCGCACCAAGAGAGAUCGAAUCUUUAAUCGACUCAUUUCGCUCCGCCAACGCCUUCACUCGUCAAGAAAGGGAGAUGUGUUUUCGAUCGCUGUUCAACUUAAUGACUAGCAGCGACGAAGAUGAAGAAGGUUCUUCUCCGUUUAAAGAUAUGAUCUCAAGGUUAAACCGAAGAGCGCUUCUAAAGAUGGCCUCGUUGAUGACGUCAUACUCCGACUCCUACUUCUUGAAGAUCGCAAGAGACAAGAACGGUUGCAACAGCCUACAGGAGCUUCUCGGGAAAUCGCACGACGUGGACGCCUGUUUCCUCGGCUCUAUCUUGCGCCGCUUCUUCGACGUCAUGACCGAUAGACACGCGUACUGCGUUGCGGUUCAAGGGAUGCGAGUUUUCAGCCAGGAGAAGAAAAUAGAAAUGUGGAGCCACGUUCACCACCACGCGCUUGACCUGGCGUGUGACCAACGCGGCUGCAUCGCGCUCAAGGCAAUCAUAACCGUCUCGGACAAUUCUUACUGGAGAAACUACCUCAUUGGCAUGGUCGUGCUCAACGCUCUCUCGCUAAGCUACGACGCUUAUGGGAACUUUGUGGUGCAGCACGUGCUUGAUCUGAAUGACUUGCGUCACACGUAUAACAUUGCGGUUAGACUCCAAGGCCGUUUCGUUGAGCUGUCGUUUCUGAAGUACGGGAGCUACAUCGUGGAGAAGCUUUUGGAGACUCAUGAUUGUUCGAGUGUUAUGGUGGUAGCAGAGCUUUUGGAGUGUGAAAUUGACAGUUUGUUGAGGAUGACGAGGGGUUUUCACGGGAAUUCCGUGGUGGUUAAGGCACUGAGUGUCACGCAGAUGAUUAGGGCUGAUCUGUUUUGGGGUUUGGUGCAUAAGCUCAUGCCUUCUCUCCAUAUCUUGCGUGGGUGUCAAGAAAGCAGGAACAUUGCAGAAAUCUUGGAGUCCGUUUGUUAG